AUGUCUUGGACCGUGUUGGCGCCAUGGAUCUUCCCUGCGGCAUUAAUGGCAUUCCUUUACAGUUAUAUCCUGUACCCCUUUUUCUUUAGUCCAUUAUCACGUAUCCCAGGUCCCAGGUUCUACGCCUUUACCAAGUGGCGACCUGCAUGGGAUGACUGGACUGGCCAGCGGACACGCAAGAUCCAUGCCCUGCAUUUAAGGUAUGGGCCAGUGGUGCGCAUCGGGCCGAACGAGGUGCAUUUUAACUCUCUCUCGGCGUUACGUACCAUUUAUGGUGCAGGAAGCGGAUUCGAGCGCACUGUGUUCUAUCGGAUGUUCGAUGCAUAUGGGAGGAAGAAUAUGUUUACAUUGGCAAGCGGAGUAGAGCACGCACAGAGAAAGCGACUGGUAGCUCGCCCGUAUUCAAAAAGCGGCCUUCCACAGUACAAAGUCGAAGAAAUUGUGCAAGCGAAGACCAAGGACUUUUUUGAGACUGGUGGAAACGGAUGGCACCCGAGGAGGCGGCUUGGAGAUCUUCUCGGCACUUCACCACUACUCUAUCGAUAUCAUCACCACGUUCUUGUAUGGGACUCUGAAUUUCGGCGCAACCACCGCUUUACAAGGGACACCAGAACAUGUUAA